AUGUCGAUGUGCCUUGACAGGCCUCCACAUGUAUUGGAAGGUUUCUGCGAAAUAGAAAUGCUUUCAGAGGCUGAUUUCGAGAGCCACGCGGACUCUGUGCCAGGAAGCGUUGGAACGGCACGGGAGCAAAUGUUUUUCGUUAUUCACCAUGCUCUAUUAGCAAGAACAGCCAAUUCUCCUCACCCCUGGCAACGGUCUGAUGGGGGGGAAAUGUCGCGACAAGAUGAUUGCCUAAAGAGGAUUUCGAACUUCUUGGCGUCAAUCCCCUUGGACGUGACACGAUCGCCGAAAGGAAAACCUUGGCUUAUGCUUAUUCAACUCAUUAGCGAGUACGUUCCAGAAGCAGUACAUAACAUCACGCCAGGUACCCCGGUGUUUGAGUUAUGCACUAGGCUAUUCCGCAAUUUUGAAGAUCUAAUGGCUGUCGGAGCAUUGCACUCCUUUUGCGGAUAUGUGUAA